CUUCAGAUCUUCCUCCUCUACCACCUAGCACUCCACCCCUUCCAUCUUCCCCUCCCCCUCUGCCACGACUUGAGAAUGAGCAUGGUGAACCACUUCCACCUGGGGUUGAUCCUCCAGAAUUGCCAUACAUUGUGGCAAGGCCACACAUACCUCCAGCAUCCACUUCGACAUCUGGUUCAUACCAAACACUAUCGGGCAUGACUCCACCACCUCCACCCCAUGGAGCUGCUGCUUACCCACCAUUACCACCGCCUUCUCCACCCUCUGGGCCACCAGACUCGACAGACAUAGACAAUGGGUUUUCAGUAAUGCCUGAAGAACAGAUGUCAUUAGGAAUUCCACAUCCAGCCCAAUCACAGUACCUGAUGAGUAAUGCUUAUCAAGCAUCAGUGGUCUCAUCAAGCAGUCACAGUACAGGUGGAGGUAUACCUUCUAUGAGCAUGGCAGGUCCAGCAAUUGAGUAUGGUCCAGUGCCAUAUGUUGGUGCCAUGCCCAUGCCAAUGCCUAGUGCGCAUACCAUCUCACGUCCAGCAGCCAAGAAGUCAAAGGUUUCUCUCUAUGCUGAGUUGGAUUCCUUCUACUCAGAUCUGGCUUCGUUGGAGUCCUCAGGGUCCAUACCAUCAGGCAUGCAAGAAUCUUUGAGUGAGCCGAACAUUCUGUCAACUUAUGAACCAAAUGCAGCAGUAGGAAUGUCAACAGGAUCAGUGCCACAUGAUAUUUCAGUGCAUCCAGGCCCUUCUAGUUUCUACAGUCAGACAGCUAGUGUAACUGUAGAGGCUGAGACAACACCAGCUCUUACCAAACCUGCAGAUUAUGCUCCUGUCGAACAUCCGAGGAAAAGGAAGAAGCCCAGAUUGGCUCCUGGUCUUGCUUUAAAGAAGAAGGGUGUUUCAUCACUAGUAGCAAAGUGGCAACAAGUGCAGCAGGAAGUAAGACGUGACUAUAAGAACCUCGAUGAUGAUGACAGUGAUGUAUCCUCUACACAUAAGUAAACCUUAAAGUCAUUCAUAUAACAAGUAUGUUUGUAUGUAGGUGAAUAUGGUAAAUGGUGAAAGCAAAAGACAAAAGGAACUCCCAACAAUAACAAACUUACUGUACUUUGUGAUGAGUUCAGAUUUCACAAAAUGGUACUACAAGAAACAAAUUUACCAUCUUUACUUACAUUGUUUCAGUAUGGUUUUGAUUUACUGUUCUUUCUGUAAUAUACAGUAACAGUUUUGUCAAAACAAUGGUUUGAAAAGUCAGAUAUAAGAUACAGUUGUACUUGGAAGUUAUAUGUAAUGAAGAUUAAUUUAAGUAUGGGGAGUGUGACUGGCAUAGUUAUUAAUGUGAUACUCAGUAAAUAAAUAUAUGAUAAUUGUAAAGUAUUGUACAAAGUAAAAAAAAAAACAUUAAAAUAAUUUGAUUACUU